AUGGAGGAUGAACGACGAAAUCUAACAAACCAGAACAGGAGAAAAGCGACAGAAGAUUUUGGUCUCUUUCUCUGCGGUUUUGAUCCGACAACGCUCUCCCAUGGCCUCGUUUCUUCACCGAAGAUCCUCCGUUCUCAUGUGGGUUCUCUUCCUCGCGUUUGUCUCCUACACCCGCCUCGUCAACGGCGGGCAGAACAUCGAGGUUUUCUAUCCAGGCUCGGCCCCCGUCCCAGCUCCUACCCUCCAACCAUCCCUACGGCCUCCCCGCCGCUUCCGCCACCUCCGCCUCCGCCUCCACCUCCGCCGCCGGUAGGAUUGCCGCAGCCCACGCCGGCCCCUUCGUCUUCUGGGUCGGACAAACAGAUCAUAGCCACGGCGGUCGUCGCCACCGCGGCCAGCACGGUGGUGAUUUCGGGGCUCGUCUUCUUUCUGCUCAAGAGGCGAGCGGUCGCGCGGCGGAGGAAGGAGGAGAGCGGCUCCGGUGGCGGCCUCCCGACGAUCUCGCGCGACGACUUUACGCGGUUCGAUGGUAAUAUUAAGGGGCUGAUAGUGGAUGAGAAUGGACUGGACGUUCUUUACUGGAGGAAGCUUCAGGGGAGGAGUGGCAAGAACUUCGAGAAGCAGGCUUUGCCAAGCCCGAAAGAUGGAGGAGAAGCGGAGGAGGAAGGCACGGCGCCUGGAAGAGGUCGCUGGAGAAACUCCGAGCCCGUCCAGGAAUUCCCUUUGCUCCGAGAGAAGUCCACGACUUCCUACGGCCAGUACAAACCAGAAGCAAACGACCCGGUUCAGAACGCCACGCCUGCUUUUCCGACUCCUCCGCCUGCCGGUCACCCACUAGAGGCUGUGGAGAAAUCCACCACGUCAACUCGACCGCCAAAUGCUAUUGCUCCGCCGGUGCCACCAACAGCACCACCUGCUCCACCAUUAGCACCACCCAAAAGGUUAAUGGAGAUACUCACCUCAUCAGCAAUCGGAGCAGAUACAAGGGCCGCAUCACCACCUCCUCCACCAAUCCCAGCCGCGAGAGUGCCACCACCUCCUCCACCUCCGAAGGCGGGUGGUCCAGCUUCAUCACUGAAACCUCCCCGCCACUGC